GUUUGUUUUUUCCUAACUAGCCUACAUAGAUACAGUACCUGCCUUACAUUACAUGAAAUAUCUCAGCAUUUCAGUUUGUGUUUCGUUCGGAAAGUUUCAACACUGAUAAUGGAAUUAAAGCUACUAUAGCUCAUGGCACAAAACCAGCCAGAAUGCUGUAUCACUUCACACGAUCAUCAAAGCCUUUUCCCUUUGCUUGAUGCAGUUAUUUUUCCACUGAUGUUCCCAAGUGAAUCAGCAGACGCAUGUCGCGGCUCAGGAUCACAAUCGACAGUGUGACCAAGGCAGUAGGCAGCACAGACCUUGUGUCCAAAUUCUCCCGUUUCAAGCCUGGCAACGUUGCAGUUGGCAGUACCAAUGCUGACAAAGCUCUGGUCAAAGCCGAGACUUUAGCCUCUAACGACACAGCUCCUAUCUCGACACCUGAAACCGCAAUGAAGGAAGAAGAAGAUGAGAAGAGCACAGCAGAGGAGGAGCCAGAGAAGCAGAGGCAGCAAGUUAUAGAAAAGCCUUUUGUUGCCACAAAGAAGUCGGCAUCCAGUUUAGCUUCGACAGUAAGUGUGUCAGCAGCGAGUUCUACCUCAGCUGUGGCAAAGCAAACUAUGCAGCUGUUCCACCCAGCCGCUCUGUCUACCAACAUGGAUGAGACCUAUAAGUCUCUGUCCCACCACAUCAAUAGUUACUUUGGUACCAACACACAGGGAGAAGACGGAGAAAACAGGCAGCAGAAUAAAGAAGAGAAUGAUCCUGUUUCUGAUCCAGCGCCACACUUUGGCCCUCUGAGAACAGCAGACCACAUUCCUGUUUUGUCUCCUGUGUCAGAGGCAAAGAGUAUUGAAGCAUCUACUACCUCCCCCGUCCCUUCUUCACCAUCAGAAAACAUCAGUCCUACUGUAGAGACUCCCUCUUCUAAAACCCCUUCUAGUGAAAGUACAACUCAGUCCAUCACUACGCCUGCUACCUCUCCAAAAAAAGGCUUCACCCACUAUCUGUCCUACCCCCGACCCAGCGUCCAGGCAUUUGUUGGCAGCUACAUCGCACCUCUGGUUCCCAAAUUUAGAGGUGAUGCCAAAAAAUUAGCAGCUGAAAAGGAAAAGUCUCCAGCUCUCGCUGUAGAUGAGCCCAGCGUCGAGAAGGCUGAUAGCAAAGAAGAGAAAGCUGCUAAGGCAAAGCAACUACUGCUAAGUCAGAGAGAAAAGAUAAUAGCUAGAGUGAGUGUAGACAACAGGACCAGAGCUUUGGUGAAAGGUCUGCAGAGGGUCACCGAUGUCAAACUCCUCACUACACGAGUGGAGGAGCUCAGCUUUCAUCUUCUGGAGUUCCCAGAAACACGAGGUGUCGCCAUUAAGGAGAGCGUGCUACCCUGCCUGCUGCGAUUGCGCCAGGCAAGAGACCUUCAUCUUCAAGCCGCUGUGAGAGAAGCUCUGGCUGUGGUCGGCUACACAGAUCCAGUCAAAGGCAGAGGAAUCAGGGUGCUGGCCAUAGAUGGAGGUGGAACAAGGGGAAUGCUGGCCCUGCAGACUCUCCAUAAACUGCAAGAGCUGACUGGGAAACGAAUCCACCAGCUCUUCGACUACAUCUGUGGAGUCAGCACAGGUGCCAUCCUGGCCUUCAUGCUGGGGAUUUUUCAGAUCCCCCUGGAGGAGUGCGAGGACAUGUACAGAAAGCUGGGUUCAGAUGUCUUCAAACAGAAUGUCAUUGUUGGAACUGUGAAGAUGGGCUGGAGUCAUGCUUUCUAUGACAGCGAAAUGUGGGAGAAUAUCCUCAAAGAGCGGAUGGGUGAGGGAGGUAUGAUUGAAAGCGCCAGGGACCCACACUGCCCAAAAGUGUCAGCAGUUAGCACCAUUGUGAACAGAGGUUUACCUCUAAAGGCCCAUGUGUUCAGGAACUACAGAUUAAUGCCUGGAGUGAGAUCCCACUACCUGGGAGACUGCAAACACAAGAUGUGGCAGGCUAUCAGGGCCUCAUCUGCUGCCCCGGGAUACUUUCAGGAAUUUGUGCUGGGGAAAGACCUCCAUCAGGAUGGAGGGCUUUUAAUCAACAAUCCUACAGCUUUGGCUAUUCAUGAGUGCAAGUGUCUUUGGCCAAACACACCUCUGCAGUGUGUGUUGUCUCUGGGCACCGGACGGUACGAGACUCUAGGCAAGAACAACACAACCUACACUAGUUUGAAGACCAAGCUCACACACGUCAUCAGCAGUGCCACAGAUACUGAGGAGGUGCACACCAUGCUCGAUGCCCUCCUGCCCCCAGACACCUACUUCCGCUUCAACCCCUACAUGAGUGAGGACGUCCCAUUGAACGAGAGCCGCGAAGAAAAGCUGAACUUGCUCAAAAGCGAAGGAGAGCGCUAUCUGGAGCGCAACGAGGCCAAGCUGAAGAAGGCGGCCAGCGUGCUUGGCCAGGAGAAGGGCACCAUCCAGAGACUGUCCGAGUGGGCCAAGCUCAAAGCCGACAUGUACGAGGGUAUCCCCUUUGUGUCCAAGCUGUAGACAUAAACAUAGAAGUGGUGUAAACACGGGAGAUUUUAAGGUAAGAAGACACUAAGUAUAUAUUGGGAAAAAAAGAUGUAACAGAGUUUAUGUUGAAAACAAAUUUGGCUAAUUUUUAAGAAUGUCGGGAAUUUAGUUUAAUUCCAAAUGUUUACAUCCUCAUCACUCAGUUUAUUUAUUAAUAUAUUAAGAAAAAAAUCAAUCAAAAGUAUUAAAAGACAUUUGAUGUUAGUUGUCCUUCAUGAGGGUAAAGGAAGUGAGUGUGCGAUGGACAUAAAGUAGAAUAAUACACUUUAAAGUGAAUUUAGCAGGUUUUUGACUGAUGAACUGAUCAGCUUGGAUCACAAAAAGAAGAUGUGAGUUUCAAACUGCUUAAAAAGUUUUGGUUGACUGGUUUUUGAAUGCACAAAGAUGCAAAUAGAUGUGUGUGUGUGUGAGACACACGUCCACAGUAUGAUGAACAAAUGAACAGUGUUUACCUACAAGAUAGAUAACUGUUUGUUUUCUAAGAAAAAAAAACGACUGAUGUUUGCUUGAAUUCUCAGUAACUUGAAUAUAUUAAGAUGUAAUUAAUAUGACUGCACAGUGGGAAUGCAAACAUGCCUGCCUAUUUGUAACACUGUACCUAGGAAAAUACACCUUAUUUACCAUGUAAGAUAGGAUUCUUAACCUCUCUAAUUGAAAGAAAAAUGUAAAUAUGAUUGUGAAUUCCUUAUUAGAUUUUAAAAACAUGACAAAAAAAAAUACUGCCCAUUAACAACCAGCUAUUUUGAAUUCUGCUCCCAUACUUUUCAUAAUAGUAAUCCCCAUUGUUUAAAGCAUGUCUGUUUAAUUAGAGCAAUGACUUGUGGUCCGAUAGCUUAAAUCAAGCUUUUCUCUUCAAACUUGAUUAAAAUCUGAUCUCCUCAGCUUUAGCAAUUGUUGUAUAAUUCACACAUUUAACACUUUUUAAAUGGGGAAAGUCCUAAUUGCUGUAAUUCCUCCCAUCCUUAUCGCUUAAUGGAGUUCAGAAAGAUCCAAAAUAUCAUGAAAUAAUAAAACUUGAUGAAAAUC